AUGAAUGAAAUUCUUGUACAGCAGAAAGAAGAAUUAACUAUGAGCAACGGAAAGAUUCGCAUUGGUAUAUCACAUCGAAAAUUAUGGGAAGAAUUUCAUCGGAACAACAACGAAAUGAUCCUCACAAGUAAAGGAAGAUGUAUUUAUCCUCGAAUUGGAUAUUCUGUGGAAGGUUUAGAGCCGAAAACAAUGUAUUUCAUAUGUCUUAAAAUAUGUCGAACUGAUCGCGCCAGAUACAAGUAUACAGCUGGUGAAUGGCAUAUGACUGCUACGGGAGAUCCUGAAAGUGAAGCAAAAUAUAUUUAUCCAGAUAAUGGAUCAACACAACUUGGACAAUACUGGAUGAAUAAUGGCAUCCGUUUUGGUAAACUUAAAAUUACGAAUAGUACCAAAGAUUGUUCCUCAAAUGUACUUCUCACUUCCAUGCAUAAAUAUCAUCCCAUUCUGUACAUACAUAAAGUUUAUGCAGCACCAGCAUUAUGUCUUGAUGGUUCUACAAUAUUGACUAAUCAGUAUCAAUUGGUGAAGAGUUUUACUGACGAAAUUAUGGAAUUCAUAGCUGUUACAGCAUAUCAAAAUCAACGGAUCAUAGAAAUGAAGAAGAUACACAAUAGUUAUGCUCGUGGACAACGUGGUAGUAUCACGAGAAAUAAUAAUAAUUCAACUAUCGAUACCAAUGAUGGUACCAUUCCAUUGGCAAAUGAUCAUACGUUGCGCAUAUCUAUCAGUCCUUUAAAUAAAUAUAAACCAUACUGGACGAAUAGAUCAUCGUAUUUUUCAAAUGAUAAAAGACAUGGACAUGUUUCACAUUCAAUUCAUUUGCUAUCAUCAUCUAAUUUUAAUCAUUUAGCAACAACAACUUAUCCCAUUGCACCAGUACCAUACCCAUCACUUGUAACACAUAAUCCUCCUUAUAUUUAA